AUUGAUUAAGAAAUGGCGUUACCCAACAGCAGAGAUGUGUCUGCAAUUUGCUUUGUAGGAGGAGCUCCAUAAAAAAAAUCUCCAUAACCUCAGGGCAAAGCUGCUGAGAGCUCUGCACAAAGCCCAGUCAGUGCAAGGCAGCAGGAAAUCAGAUACGUGGAAACAUGUCUGGGAAGCCAGUUCUGCACUAUGCUAACACACGAGGCCGAAUGGAACCAAUAAGGUGGCUGCUAGCGGCUGCUGGAGUUGAGUUUGAAGAAAGAUUUCUGGAAAAAAAGGAAGAUCUCCAAAAGUUAAAGUCAGGAAAUCAGAUACAUCGAGACAUGUCUGGGAAGCCAGUUCUGCACUAUGUCAGUGUACGAGGCCGAAUGGAACCAGUGAAGUGGCUGCUAGCAGCUGCUGGAGUUGAGUUUGAAGAAAGAUUUGUGGAAACAAAGGAAGAUCUCCAAAAGUUAAGGACAGAUGGAUACCUGCUGUUCCAGCAAGUGCCCAUGGUGGAGAUCGAUGGGAUGAAGUUGGUGCAGACCAGAGCCAUCCUCAACUACAUAGCAGGGAAAUACAAUCUCUACGGGAAAGACCUGAAGGAGAGAGCCCUAAUUGACAUGUAUGUGGAAGCAAUGGCAGAUCUGUAUGAUACAAUCAUGAACCAUGACUUCAAACCAGCUAAUGAAAAGGAGAAAGAUCUUGCAAAUAUUAUGGACAAGGCCACAAACAGAUACUUACCAGUCUUUGAGAAGGUUUUGAAAGACCAUGGGCAUGACUUUCUUGUUGGCAACAAGAUGAGCAGAGCGGAUGUGAAUUUACUAGAAACCAUUUUAAUGUUGGAAGAGUUCAAGGCUGAUGCACUUGCAAAAUUUCCUCUCUUGCAGAGUUUUAAAGCAAGAAUGAGCAAUAUCCCCAGCAUCAAGAAAUUCCUGCAGCCUGGCAGCCCAAGGAAACCACCUCUACAGGAAAAAGACAUACCAAACCUGCUAGCAAUUUUCAUUUGAGCAGCAGCCUAAGCACAGUGCAACUCCAUUCCAUUGUCUGUGGCAUUCCUGAGAAGCAAAGUGAAAUUAAUGAAAUUAGUUUCACAAGUUUUGUAUGCAUGUUGGCAGAUGAAAUGUUAACUCAGUUGUCUCAAAUUUAACAAAUUGCUUUAAAUGCUUAAAGUUUUCCAGAAAUAAAGUUGACAUUUAAAUGUU